AUGCAACACACCCGGGCUCUGCGAUUUCAAAAUCGCACAAUCACCACCCUAGCCCGGCCUCAAUGCGCCUCGCUGCGACCAACGCUUCCAAUCAACACAACCAUAAGGGAACACUCACUCUCCUCACGCCAAUCAACACCGCCAUGCACAUACAAACUCCAAAAACGAUGCUUCAACCUCUCAUCUCUCUCCUCGUUCCUCCCAACCGGGAACAAUAACGGCGACAACUCGCCGAAGCGCGUCCUAAAGGCCUCCCGCACACUUCCCUACUCACCCGCCCUCCUCUUCAAAGUGAUCUCCUCCGUCGAAGAAUACUCCGAGUUCCUGCCAUUCCUCAACGCAUCUACUGUUACAGCGCGCGAUUCGCAAACGGGGUACCCGACGCAAGCGUUCUUGACCAUUGGGUACGGCCCGCUUAGCGAGACGUUUACUUCGCUCGUGGACUGCGAUCCCGCGAAGGGUAUUGUGGAGGCCCGGAGUGGCGCGAAGUUUGGGAAGCCCGAAGGCAGCGCUGGAAGCAGCAGCUCAUCUGGACUUAGCAGUUUCUUCCCUGGAGCGAGUGAGGGGAUCUUCGAGUAUCUCUCUACGCGGUGGGAGUUGACGCCGAUUGAUGUGAAAGGUGGAUCACCGCAGACUAAGGUCGAAUUGCAGGUGGAAUUUGAGUUCCGGAAUCAGUUGCAUGCUACUGUAAUGGGCGCGGUGGAGGGUCAAAUGGCCGGUGUCAUGAUUGAGGCGUUUGAGAAGCGAAUGAAGGAGAAGCAUGCCGAAGGCCAAUAA